AUGUCCCUCGAGACCGGGGAGCCGCCGAAACUGUACGGCGUCAACUUGCAGCCACCGGCACCGUUCGAUUUCGCGAAGCCGCCAACGUGGGCGACAUGGCUCAGCCGCUACGAAGACUACGCGGUGGUUUCAGGACUGACAGAAGCGUUAAAAGACACGCAGGUACGCUCGCUACUGUACUGCAUGGGCCCGGGGUCCCACCCGCUUCUCGAGACAUUCUCGCUCGACACCCAGUCGCUCACCUCAUACCAAGCAGUUGCCCCCUUCACUGAGCACUUCGUGCACCCGGGAAACGAACUUUACGAGUCGUCGCGGUUCCACAGACGUGUGCAGCUACCCGGCGAAAGCGUCGACAGGUGCUACGCAGAAUUUCGCAGGAUAGUUAAGCGCUGUAACUAUCCGUCAGCUGCUGUCGAGGAAAGGCUCGCCCGUCAAUCCGAAGACGCCGACAAGGAAAAGGCGUUGUCCCAGAACCGCACCGAGCACUCCCGCGAGCUCAACCUCGACGCCACAAAAGCUAAUACGUUCCCCUCUCGUCGUCGCUCCGGAGCCAAGCCUCGUUCGCCGCAGCCGCAAGCAGAGCGCUCACGCGAGCCGUCCACAUGUGAAUUCUGCGGCCGCGCGCCUCAUCGACUUUCGGACUGCCCAGCCCGACGCUCCGCCUGCAACUUCUGCAACAAGAAAGGCCACUUUGCCGAAGUAUGCCGCUCACGGAAGUGCAAGCAGAACAAGCUCAGCUCCAUUCACCUGCACGUCGUCGGGACGGCCACCGCGGCCAAGUUCGUCGACGUCACCGUUGACGACUACACAGCGCAGUUCAAGGUCAACUCCGGAGCCGAAGUAUCUGCCGUUCCAAGCGACUUUACUACGUUGCCUGCCAAACUCGACUAA